AUGAGUCGAGAGGAUGAAUUCUCAUCACUUGUCACCCAAGCGCGUCUAAAAUGUGAGGAAGGGAAUUUUCAUGAGUCACUCAAGCUUUGUCAGGAUGCCUACGCAAUAAAUCCUUCUUCUAGUCUUAUGCGAAAAAUUGUUCGGCUUCAAAAUUUAGUAAGCCAAGAUACCAAGGAGAACAUUCCAAUAGCUCCCGAAAAAUCUGGAAAUUCUUUAAAAGGAGCUGCUAAGUACUUUGUUUGCGAGUCUGAGAAGUAUGUAUCUCCUAGUAACAUAACUGACAGCACUAAUCUUCUGAAGGAAGCGUAUUUAUGUGUUCCGUCAGCUGAGAUUGAAUCAAAGAUUGGACGAAGUGAAUCAGCUCAUCCUACAACCUAUACUGAUACUUCAAACACGAAAGAAGCUUCAGGGGAAGAAAAGCUUUAUGAUGGUACUCAAUUCACUCUAAUUGAUAAAGCGAAAUUGUUAUAUCAAUCUGGAGACUAUGUUGAAUGCCUUCGUCUUCUUAAAAAAGCCUACAACCUUAAGCAAUGCGAUAAAGUAAAGCGGAAAAUUGAAAGGAUCGAAAAUUAUUUGAAAGAAAACGGAAUUCCUGUUGAUCAUUAUGAUUAUAAGUCGCACACUAAUAAUGUUGUUACUGCAGUUGACCAUGAUGAUGAAAAGGACCCUCCUAAACUCACCUAUGAUUUGGUCGAAAUAGCUGAUAGAUUCAGUGUUCCCAAGUUGUUAUAUGAUAAAUUGUAUGAUUAUCAAAAGUACGGUGUUAAAUGGCUUUGGAGUUUACAUCAGAAAAAUUCUGGCGGCAUAUUAGCUGAUGAUAUGGGACUAGGUAAAACAGUUCAGGUUAUUGCUUUUCUUUCUGGCCUGUUCGUAUCUAGUAAAUUUUCUUGCACAGUGUUGAUUGUAAUGCCAGUCAGUGUUUUGGUUACUUGGGAAGCUGAACUAAAAAGAUGGGCACCAGGACUUCGUGUUAUUGUUUUUCAUGAUAACAGUCGAGCGGAUCGUCUUAAAAGUUUAGUAUCAAUCCAACGACAUGGUGGUAUUCUACUUACAACAUACGGAACACUUGUUUCCAGCAUAAAAGAUUUGUCUACUGAUUUAAAUGCAAAUCCUGAAUUUUUAAGGUCAUACAAAAAACAAAAAUCCACUGACAAUGAUGCCAGUGAUAUUCUUGCUAGGAUGGGUAAAGAAUUUCAUUGGACUUAUUUAAUAUUGGAUGAAGGACAUAAAGUCAAAAAUUCAUCUGCUAAGACGACCAAAGCAGCUCAAGCAAUUUAUGCAGAUCAUUGUAUUCUCUUAACUGGUACUGCUGUACAAAAUAAUCUCAAGGAAUUAUGGUCUCUUUACAAUGUAACUCAUCGUGGUCGACUCUUAGGUACACAAAAAACGUUUUCUAUUGAAUAUGACAAACCAAUAACUCGUGGACGCGAAAAAGAUGCUUCUCGUGCUGAAAAAGUACACGGUCAAUUAAUGGCUGAAAGUUUACGACGUAUAAUAGAUCCAUAUUUUUUGAGACGCACAAAAUCUGAAGUUUUAUCUCAACAGUAUAAUAUGAAUGCGGCUGUACCGAUAAAAGAUAAAAUGCCACGUAAAACAGAAAUUGUAUUAUGGGUUUACUUAAGUUCCAUACAAGAAUCCACAUAUCGUGAUUUUUUACAACUUGAUAACGUAAAAGAAUUAUUAAUGCAACGUACAAAACGUUCACCAUUAAUGGAAUUGGUAAUUCUAAAAAAGCUCUGUGAUCAUCCGCGUCUUUUGUCCACUGAACAAUGUUUAAAUCUUAAUUUAAAUUAUGAUGAUGGCAAUGGUAAAGGUGAUAAUUUUCAUAUUGAUGAAAUUGUUUCACAUAAAAUACAUUUUCCACCAUCAGAACAACUGAUUAAAGAAUCUGGGAAAUUCUUGUUUCUUCAUUGUUUGAUGAAACAGUUUUUGCUUGAAUUACAAUCGAAUCCACAAAGAGAUUCACCGCGCACGUUGAUAUUUUCACAAAGUAUAAAGUUUCUUGAUAUGGCUGAAAAAGUCAUUCUAGAUAUAAAAUGUCCUGUUAAUAAUUAUACAUUUAAUGACAAUUUGCACUGUCCUACGCAACAUCGUAUUUUACGAUUAGAUGGUCGUACUGCAAAAGUAUGCGAUCGUCUAAGCAUAAUUAAUAAAUUUCAAAAUGAUAAAUCUUAUACAGUUAUGCUGUUAACUACUCAAGUUGGUGGUGUUGGACUGACAAUUACAUCAGCUAAUCGUGUUAUCAUUCUCGAUCCAAGUUGGAAUCCAGCUGUAGACUCACAAGCUGUAGAUCGUGCGUACAGAAUAGGUCAAAAAUUAGAUGUAGUUGUAUACCGAUUGAUUACUUGUGCAACUGUCGAAGAAAAGAUUUAUCGUCGUCAAAUAUUCAAAGAUUCCGUAAUUCGCCAGACAACGUCGACAGGCCAAAACAAAACCGACUUAGAUCCUUACCGGUAUUUCAGUCGCCAAGAGCUGGUUGAAUUAUUUAGUCUCGGAGACACACGUAUUUCUGAAACUAAACGGCAGCUAGACCUAUUACAUGAUGGUUCAGAUAGAUGGUCUGAUAGUUCCAUUAGCCCACAUUUAAAAUUCCUCAGUAGUGAUGCACUAAAGCAUGUUGUUUAUGGUUUAUCGUUUCAUGAUUUAAUGUUUAGUAAGGAAUGUAUUAACGAAGGAGCUAUUGAUACGGAUCAUGAGAAAUUAUACGUUAUGAAUCGUUGUGUUGCAGCUGAACGUGCCAUAGCUGAAGAAUGUGCUGUUGAAGGAAGAGUAAUUGGUAAAGAAAUGCCAGCAGUCACAAUGACACAAGCAGAAAGUACUGUAAAAUCAUUGCCAACACAUUUAGCAAAUCUUAAUUUACAAAAUAAAUUACCACCUUCCAGUUACCACAAUCAUGACAAUCGUUUUAUUAAUCAUGUACCAUUAGAUCAAUUGUUCAAGCCUUCCAAGUCUGACACUCAUAGACCAAUGUUCAAUAGACCAGUAACAUCAUUUAACAAUCCACACACUAACAUCAUUUACACUUCAUCUAAUAUUGAACAUCAUAGUGAAAAUAUAAGUCCCAAUUCAAAUAUACCAUUAGUAUGCACCACUGCUGAGCAUCAGUCAGUUGAUCGAAUUAGUUCUGUAAACACGUACGGGGUAAAUGAACCCCUCUCGCCAAAGCUAGGACGUCAGUUACAAGAUGUUACUGAAGUUGUAGAAGUACAGAAGAAGAAUGAUAAUGGAUCUCUGGAAAUCAGGAAUUCUCCAACUGAUGAUCUAUCGGAUAAUGAGUGCCUCGAUACACCUCCUAGUGCACCAGUUGCUGAUAUAGAAUGCAUAACUAUAGAGGAUUCAAUUACGCAAAGUUUGCGAGAAAUAAGUAUAACUCAGAAAACUCCAUCAAGAUCUCAUGAUAAUGAGAAAACUAACAAAGGAUCAAAUAUUUUAAAAACUCCACUUCAUCAUCUUCGAACUUCGUUAAAUUCGAGAUCAUCAUUUGCACCAUUCAAUUCAAAUUUUUAUCGUUCUACUCCAUUAUCUUCAAGGAAGUCAACAAAAAUUCCUCCUAAGGAACACUUUGAACAGUGUGGACAGGAAUUAAACGAAAAUCUCGGUGACAUCAAAUCACCAACAGAUUUUGAUCCUGCUCAGAAUUAUAUACAUAUGGAUAUUAGUAUGGACAUAAACGAAGAUGAUUUAGCUAAUACAGUAGAUAUGAAGUCAAUUCAGCAGGUACUUGCAAAAUCUGGUAUUUUGAAUUCUACUGAUUUAAACAAUAUAAAUGAAACUGGAGAAGGUGAAUCCAUGUCAAAUUCAAUUGAAAUCCAUAAAUCUUCCACUGAACAAGAACUUAAUUCAGUUUCGGAAGAAAAUGAUUUGACUAAAUCUUUAAGUGAUUCUGAAGUUGCCAUGGACUCUUACAUAAAUCGUCAGUCUGUCGAGAAGACGCAUAUUGACGAUACUGAUAUUAUUGAAUCUAGUUUCUGA